AUGGCUCAUAACCAAAGACCUGUCACAGUACCAUGUGCUUAUAAGACGGGACGCACGCUCGGACAAGGGACAUACGCGGUAGUGAAGGAGGCCGUUCACAUCGAGACUGGCAAAUACUAUGCGUGUAAGGUGAUCAGCAAGCAGUUGAUGCGCGGUCGCGAACAUAUGGUACGCAAUGAAAUCGCAUCUUUGAAACGUGUGUCACAAGAAAACAGCGGCGUCGUUUCUUUGGUGGACUACUUUGAGACGAUGAACAACCUGUAUCUUGUGACGGAUUUGUGCCAAGGUGGCGAACUAUUUGACCGAAUUUGUGAACGUGGCAGUUACUAUGAAAAGGAUGCAGCGCAUAUUGUGCGAACAGUGACAAAGGCUGUAGAAUUUCUUCAUGAUCGAGACGUCGUACAUCGCGACUUGAAGCCAGAGAAUUUGCUGUUCCGUGAUCGAUCUGAGCAUGCAGAUCUUCUAAUUGCCGACUUUGGUCUGUCACGAAUGUUGGAUCAAGAUAAGAUGGAUGUGCUAAGCACUACAUGUGGUACGCCUGGUUACAUGGCACCUGAAAUUUUCAAAAAGACUGGACAUGGAAAACCUGUGGAUAUGUGGGCUCUGGGCGUGAUUACAUACUUCCUCUUGUGUGGUUAUACGCCAUUUGACCAUGACUCACAAAAGGAUGAAAUUCAGCGUAUCCUCACGGCUGAUUUCCGCUUUGAGCCGGAAAUAUAUUGGCAAGGUGUCUCGCAAGAGGCUCGCGACUUUAUCUGUCGCUUAUUGACGAUCAACCCAGAAACUCGUAUGACAGCUAAGGAGGCACUGCAGCAUCCAUGGCUGGCUAAUGUAUCGACAAGCCUCGACACAGUACAGCGCGAUCUCUUGCCCGAUAUCAAGAACGCAUUCAAUGCAAAACGUACUUUCCGCAAGGCUGUGAAUGGUAUCCGUAUGAUCAACCGGCUGCGCUCCGAGACGAUCGAGCACCAGUCGGCUCGGCAGGAAAUGGAGCAGCAGCACAGGUUAGCUGAGGAGGAAUCGUCCAAUCUCGAUCGCGUUUGGCAAGCGGAGGCGGCACGUGCUCAGGAACGACCAGCUGGGCACAUCUCGUAG